AUGUAUCCCGAUUGUCUCGAUCGUUCCGAUGAAGUUUCGAUUGAUUUUAAACGUUGUUAUAUCGAUCAAUCAAUGGCAUGUGACGAUCAUCUUUGCCGACCGAAUUCUUUUGAUAUGACCUGUGGCGAUGGACAAUAACAAUUGCAACGAGCGAUUGAAAGAAAAUACCGUUCGAUUUGUCCAUUAUUCGAUCAACUGCAAAAGAUUUGUAAUUCCUAUUCUCAAUUAUAUUCAUGUCACAAUUCGUUAAGAUGUAUUUCUAAGCGUCGUCUACUCGAUGGAAUUCAAGAUUGUCCAUAUGGUGAUGAUGAGAAGUAUGUUUCGAGUUGUUCACUACCCAAUGCACGUCAUCGUUAUCGUUGUUCAAUGAAUGAAACUAUUCAAAGUAUUUUCCCGUUACUAUUUGAUGAUAAAGAUUAUGAAUGCACAAACUACGUUCCACAAGAAUAUGAAAUGACUCCGAACUUUCACGCGCAAAAACUCGAGAAAACAUCUCGAAUUUGCUUUCAAACUCUCUGUGAUGGUUUCGAGGAUCGCUAUCCACUCUUAAUCGCUAAUCAUACUUACGAAACAGAUGAAGCCAGUUAUGAUUCUCAUCUUUGA